AGACAUGGAUGAUGAUGAAUAAUUAGCUAACCUUUAUCUUAUAAAUAUAUUUGAAAUGUAAUAGAAUUACUUAUAAUGAAUUUACAUGAAGAAUUAGUCACCCUUUACUUUAUAUACAUAUUUGAAAUGUAAUAGAAUUACUUAAUUCGAAACUGAACAUACUCACUAUCCUUAUAUAUAUAUAUAUAUGUUUAAAACUGUACUAGAAUUCAAAUAUGUACUUUUUCCGAAUGUGAGCUCUCGGCACCCGUACACCGGCAACGGAGCACUCGCAAUCGAAUCGUCGACUAGACCAGUUUAUUAAAUUCAAUUUAACCUACAGUCCACUAUAUUUUCCCAUUUUUGAAUAAACUCGGAAUAAUUUGUAUUACCUUAAAUUUUGCUUUACUUAUUCAAUUAAAUAUACUCAAACACACCCUUUUACGUUGCUAAAGAGCAACAUAUGGUCCUUACGCGCCAUCAAAAAGAAUUGGCAGCACUUAACGCGCAAAGCACUCUAAACAAAGCUGGAGUAUCGCCAUACAUUUUUUUCUACCCGAAAAAAACGAAAAAGUUUAUUCGAUUGCGAGCGGCGCGCGGUGCGUUAAAAAAAAUUAAAUCAAAUUAAAUAAAUCAUUCCACAACAAUAAACAGUGAAAGGUGAAAUAAAAAAACCGAAAACUGAAAACAUUUAAUAAACAUUAAUUGCAAAAUCAAAAAUUGAACAUUGAAAAACACAUAAACAGAGAAAACAGUGAAACAAGUAGUGGCGAACAAAAACAAAGUGCUAAGAAGAACAUAAAUUCGCAAACAAAAAGAAAAAAAUUGUUAUAGUGGUGCAAAAUAACAGCAACCAUCUUCCACCGCAUCAGCUACCAUCGUCCAGCGCAGCAGCCAGCCACCGAAGCACCUGUUGAGACAGCUGUAGCGGAGCACCACCAGCAACCGAAACAACAACAACAACAGGCAGACGGAAACUUGGGCGCAGUAGCGACGGAAGGUACCGCAUAGCAGCAGGCCAGUCACCGGUACAGUAGACCACCACACGAAAAAAAAGAGUUUGUACAUAGGAAUGCCAAAGACAAGUGAAGCAUCCAUGGAGCUCAGCAAAUGUCGCCUUUGUUGCCGCCCCCAUUCAUUGCGCUACUGUAAAGCUUUUCUCGCCAUGACGCCGGCUGAAAGGCAUGAGUCAGCCCGAGUACAUAAAUAUUGUGUAAACUGCCUGGCUACCUCCCAUGUCACCGGUGCCUGUGACUCUCCAGCCAGCUGUCAUCAGUGUGGUAGGGCGCACCACACGCUGCUACAUCGAACGCUGGCGAAGUCGUCAACGAUCCGACGUAGGGAGAGGACUCGCUAUGCUAGCCGUCGGACAAUCCGGCGUACUCGAGGUCUGCAAAGUCCCACCGCUGCCCGGAGUCGUAAAAUGCGUGAGCUGCUCAAGAAAGCGCAAGACAUCAUCAACCAGCUGAAGGAGCUAGUAUCCGCUUCUACGCGGCCGGCCGGGCGUGAUGUCGAAGACAUGGAUGAUGAUGAAUAAUUAGCUAACCUUUAUCUUAUAAAUAUAUUUGAAAUGUAAUAGAAUUACUUAUAAUGAAUUUACAUGAAGAAUUAGUCACCCUUUACUUUAUAUACAUAUUUGAAAUGUAAUAGAAUUACUUAAUUCGAAACUGAACAUACUCACUAUCCUUA